UUUCAGAGACAGCCCGGAGAGCCGUCCCUGUGUUUUGUGUCCAUGCAGCUCUCCGCAGCUUCGGCACCGAAGGGGACCCCCUUUAGACUUUAGAGACAACCCAGGAAAGGACAGCUCAGGAGGAGGGAAGUGGCGCUGAGGCAGGCCUGACUGAAGGAUGAUGAUGGAGGAAGAGGAGGACAGAGCAGAGGUUGCAAGAUCCAGAGGUCAGAGGUCACAGUGUGCAGCAUCCACCUGUCUGUCUAUGAAGAGUAACUGGUCAAGAGGAAAUAAUCCAAAUUUCAGUGAUGAACCUGGAGCCUCAGACACAAAAGAGAGGAAGAGGAGCGGUGUCUGUGUGGAGGAGCAGCCGUCCUGCUGUGCUUUGUGUCAGGACGUCCUGAAGGAUCUGGUCUCUACCAGCUGUGGACACUGGUUCUGCAGACAGUGCAUCUCCUCAUACUGGGACCAGUCUGCUUCAUCAAGAGACUCCUCCUGUCCCCAAUGUGGAAAAAGAUCCAGAACCAGAGCUGGACUGCAGACAGCCAGUCAGAGCAGCUGUGGACAAAAUGCUGGUCUGCAGGAGGUUUUAGAGGAACAUAAGAUCAGUCUGAGGAGCAGAUGUGAAUGUGUGACUGAAGGAAGUGAUCAAACAGGAAGUGGAACCCUCUUGAACAGGAUCUACACUGAGCUCUACAUCACAGAGGGACAGAGUGAAGAGGUUCAUACCCAACAUGAGGUGAGGCAGCUGGAGACAGCUUCCAAGAUGGAUGCCCUCCAUGACAGACCAAUCAGGUGCCACGACAUCUUUAAAGCCUUCCCUGACCAACAGAGACCCAUCAGAGUGGUUCUGACCAACGGCGUCGCUGGUGUUGGAAAAACCUUCUCAGUGCAGAAGUUCAGUCUGGACUGGGCAGAGGGCUUGGAGAACCAACAUGUCAGUGUGGUGAUGCUGCUUUCAUUCAGGGAGCUCAACCUGAUCAGAGAUCAGCAGUACAGUCUUCUGGAGCUGCUCCAUGUUUUCCAUCCAACAUUACAGAAGGUCCCAGCAGAGAAGCUCGCUGUCUGGAAGUUUCUGUUCAUCUUUGACGGCCUGGAUGAAAGCAGACUUUCAUUGGAUUUCACCAACAGGAAGCUCGUGUCUGAUGUCACACAGAAGUCAUCAGUCAGCGAGCUGCUGACAAACCUCAUCGAGGGGAAGCUGCUUCCCUCGGCUCUCGUCUGGAUAACUUCCCGACCUGCAGCAGCCAAUCAGAUCCCUCCUAGAUGUGUUGACAGGCUGACAGAAGUACGAGGCUUCACUGACGCCCAGAAGGAGGAGUACUUCAGGAGGAGGUUCAGUGAUGAAGAGCUGUCCAGCAGAAUCAUCUCCCACAUGAAGACAUCCAGGAGCCUCCACAUCAUGUGCAGAAUCCCAGUCUUCUGCUGGAUCACUGCUACAGUUCUGGAGCACAUGUUGGCUACAGAGCAGAGGGGAGAGCUGCCCAAGACCCUGACUGACAUGUACUCACACUUCCUGCUGGUUCAGACAAAGAGGAAGAAGAACAAGUACCAUGAAGGACAUGAGACGAGUCCACAGGAGCUGAUGGAGGCUGACAGGGAAGUUCUUCUGAAGCUGGGGAGACUGGCGUUUGAACACCUGGAGAAAGGAAACAUCAUGUUCUACCAAGAAGACCUGGAGCAGUGUGGUCUGGAUGUGACAGAGGCCUCGGUGUACUCAGGAGUUUGUACAGAGAUCUUCAAAAGAGAGUGUGUGAUCUUCCAGAAACCAGUCUACAGCUUUGUUCAUCUGAGCAUUCAGGAGUUUCUGGCUGCAGUCUACAUGUUCCACUGUUUCACCAGCGGGAGGAUGGAGGUGCUGGAGGAGUUUUUCGGGGACUUUCUAAAUGAGUUCAAACAUCAUGACUCAAACUCAAAGUCUUUUAUUAAGAACAUCUCAAUGGUUUUGGGGAGAGAUGAUCACGGUUUCCCAUCUCUGGAUGAUUUCUUGAAGAGAGUCAUGGAGCAAUCCUUCCAGAGUAAAAAUGGCCACCUGGACCUCUUUGUUCGCUUCCUUCAUGGUCUCUCUCUGGAGUCCAACCAGAGACUCUUAGGAGGUCUGCUGGGUCAGACAGAGAACAGUCCAGAAACCAUCCAGAGAGUCAUCAAGAACCUGAAGGAGAGGAACAGUUAUGAAAUCUCUCCUGACAGAAGCAUCAACAUCUUCCACUGUCUGAUGGAGAUGAACGAUCUCUCAGUACAUCAGGAGAUCCAAGAGUUCCUGAAGUCAGAGAACAGAUCAGAGAAGGAACUCUCUGUCAUCCACUGCUCAGCUCUGGCCUACAUGCUGCAGAUGUCAGAGGGGGUUCUGGAUGAGUUGGCUCUGCAGAAGUACAACACAUCAUGGGAGGGACGACUGAGACUGAUUCCAGCUGUGAGGAACUGCAGAAAGGCUCGACUGACUCUGUGUGGACUCUCAGAGACUCACUGUGAAGUUGUGGCCUCAGCUCUGAAGUCCAACCCCUCCCAUCUGACACAGCUGGACAUGAGUCACAACGACCUGCAGGAUUCAUCAGUGAAGCUUCUGUGUGCUGGACUGCAGAGUCCAAACUGUCAACUGGAGACUCUGAGAUUGAUGAGCUGUGGUUUGUCAGAGAUCAGCUGUGAUUAUCUGGCAGCAGCUCUGAAGUCCAAUCCCUCCCAUCUGAGACAGCUGGACCUGACCUCCAACAAGCUGCAGGAUUCAGGAGUGAAGCAUCUGUGUGGUUUUCUGGAGAGUCCACAAUGUGUUCUUGAAACUCUGAGAUUGGUGAGCUGUGGUUUGUCAGAGAUCAGCUGUGAUUAUCUGGCAGCAGCUCUGAAGUCCAACCCCUCCCAUCUGAGACAGCUGGACCUGCAGUGGAACAACCUGGAGGAUCCAGAUGUGAAGCAGCUGUCUGAUCUUAAGGAGAGUCCACACUGCAGACUGGAGACACUGCAGUGGAGGAUCUGAUGGUAAACAGGACGGUGUGUGUGCUGAGAGAGGAGGAGCUGUGUCCUGAUGAUCCAGAGAGGUUGAAGCAGCAGCAGCUUGUGUGCAGAGACGCUCUGACUGGGCCAUGUUACUGGGAGGUGGAGUGGAGAGGAGAGCUUCAUCCAGCAGUGACUGACAGAGUAAUGAGAAGAAGUGCAGAUGACUGUCAGUGCUGCAGAGUGAACUGCUCUGAGAACAGCUCCAGUGUCAGACACAAUGUAGAGUCCACCAUCAUCCCUGUGUGUCCCUGUGGAUCUGCCAGAGGAUCAUCAGUGGAUCUGGAUGCUCUGCUGCUGUUCUAUCCUUCUACACAGUCUCUGCAGAGUCUCUGUCUGACACUGGCUUCACUGGGGGGGGGGUGUUUUAGUGUCCUUGAAUCGUGUGACCUCAGUGGGUGGGGCCUACAUGUGGACACUGAUGUUCAAUAUAUGUGCUGAUUGAAUCAAAGCAGCUUGCUGGUUUCAAUGAAGGAGGUGGUGUGCAUACAGUAAAUGUGGCCAUUGUGAAUGUGAUGAAAUGCAAAUGAAUUUUAAUGAAGUUUUACUAAAAGAAUGAAAAACAUAUUAAGCAGAGCUGUGAACUAGAACAGACUCACACAGACUUGAAAUCAGCUCCCAAAACCACCUUUGGUAUAAACAGCUAAUUGAAUUCCUGACCUUUGACCUCAUUCACAAACUCCACAGGAUAUAAUGCACAUCAUUGUUGAGGGUGGAAAUGAAUUGUGUGUUAAAAUGUUCUCUCUGGACAGAUGUGUUGGAUGUGUUCAGUUGAGCCAUGCAGAGUUUUCCUUUGUCACUGACAGACAUGCAUGACACACCUGCCCCCUCAGGGUCAUGACCUCAGGGUCACGACCUCAGCAUCUAAUUCCAAUAAAGUGAAACAGUCCUCAGGCCAAAUGCUGAUAUUGUUGAAGAUCAGGUCUUUUCUGCUCCACAGUAGAGAAAAAUGAAUGCAUGCAGUUUGUUUUGGACCUCACUGAGAUGGUUCAGAUACUGUUGGCCUGUUUUAUUUGUCUAGAGCAGUGCUUCUCAAUUAUUUUCU